AUGGGGAUGAAGUACCACAUUCACGGCGACCAGCGCUCGCUCCCUUCGUUGUCCCGUCAUGGUCAAGGCAGUCCCGUCAUGGUCAAGGCAAUCUCCCGUGGUCCUUGGAGCCAAUUUAUUUUAAUAGUAUCCAUAUGGUUCUCUGUAUCCGUCUCAAAUAUGACGGCGAUUGUCUCUCUAUCGAUGUUAUGUGACUUUACAUCAGACGUUGCUGCCAAAGCUGCUCUCAAGGCAAUAAAUUCUCUGCUUCUUGGAGAGAACAACUUAAUAGCGGAGGUCAUUCGAUCAAGCAAUGCGGUGGUGCUGGAGUACAACCCUGCCGUGUUUUACCAGAGAGAUGGGAGCGGCGCAAUCCUGGACCGCUACGGCUUGGACAUGGAGGUGCUGCAUACCAUUGCUCGAUUCUUAAACUUCAGCGUGCAGUACUUGGAAGUGCCGCAAGGCGAGUUGUGGGGGGAGAGGCUCGAUAACGGCUCCUUCAAUGGCAUGGUUGGAAUCUUGGCGCGCGAGGAGGCUGACGUGGCUGUCGGGAAUAUCUAUCUCUCCUCUUUCCUGGGGCGUCUUAACUUCAUGUCCUACUCCAUUGCCUACACUACUGAUUGGAGUUGUUUCUACGCUCGAGUGGAACCGCCUCUUCCUAAUUAUCUGGCAGUGAUGCUGCCUUUUCGCCUCGUUACGUGGCUCAGCCUCUGGGGUGGCGCACUGCUGCUGCUGCCUGUUCUGCACCUAGUUAUUGCUUUUGGACACAGUGAUGAAGUGAAGUGGGGAGGUGUGUCGGACAGCUGCCUCUACCUUUCCGGACUGCACUUCAGAGUGUCGCAAUCUCGUGUGCCAAAGAAACACUCCUCGCGGUUAAUGGUGGCCUUCAUGUGGCUGUACGUUAUCAUUAUCACUACGGGCUACAGUAGCAACUUGACUGCCUUCCUCACCGUGCAACGCAGACCAUCAAGCAUUGAGACCAUCCGCGAGCUUUACGAGUCUAAAAUUCCGGUGGUGGGACUUGGGGAGUACUUUAAGUACAAUAUGAUGCAGUCUGUCAACAAGUAUGUUCAGGGCCUAGCUCAGAACUACAGAAUCGUGUUCAGCGUCGAGGAACAGGACGCCCUGAUAACGCAAGGCAUGGGCGUGGGCAUCCAGGGUCGCAAGUACCUUCAGUACAUCAUCAAGAAGGAGUACUCCCCGCGUGGCAUCCCCACUGUCAGGAUACUCAAGGAGUGCUUCAUGCCACACAGUCUUGCGUUGGGUCUGCAGGUCCACUCGCCCCUCAAGAUGCAGUUUGACAAAGUAGUGAGCAUUGUGGUGGAGAGCGGUCUCGUCAACAUAUGGUUUCAGAAAUCUCUCAGCCGCUCCAUCAAGGUGGGUGUGAACCUUAUUAUUCAAGGGGGCGUUCGGAGCCGCUACACUAGUCUAAGUCCAGUAGAGUCACAUGCCAGAGACUUAUGCAAAUACAACACCUACUACUGUUUCAUUGCUGUGAGCCUCUGCCUUGGUCAGCUCUACGAAGAAUGA